GACAGCUGGGGCAAGUCUGCCUAAGGAAGAUCCUGUGAUGGGACACUGUGCAACUCUUUUCAACAGCUGGGUGGAGGCGUAUCGGAGGAGUGAGAGAGAGAGAGACAACAUGAAGAGGCUUUAUAAACAGAAGGUGAGAAGUGUGGUGGGAGGGGCAGUGUACUAGAAAGGGAAAAAGGAAGGGAAAGGAAAAGUUAGGGGAGAGAGAAAGAGAGAGAGAAAGAGAGAGAGGGAGAGAGAAAGCAGGAAAUGAUAAACAAGAGCCAGAUACAGAAUGGGGAAUAGAGAGAGAGAAGCAACACCAUGUAUAACAGCUGGAGAGAGAAAGAGAGAGAGGGGAGACAGAGGAGACCUGUAGGAACCAGUGGUGCUGAGACACCAUACUGAGAGCCUACUGAGAGAGAGAGAGAGCAAUGAGAACUGAGAAAGGGUGAAGUGAUAGUGAGAGUUAUGACAGAUAUGAAUUAAACAAUGUACAGCAGUCUGUAUGACUGAGUGACUGAAACAGGUGGGAGAGGCAAAGGGACAAUAAAGAGAGUCAGCUGGAUUUACACAUAGACACAGAUAUAGAUCUGUAUACUUGGGAGUCGAGGACUGGAAAGGAAGAGAGCUCUUGACUCCUGUGGACAGACAAGUAUAAGGGAGGGGGAGGAAAGGGACAGAGGAGGAGAAACGAGCAGGAGAGGAGAGGAGAGACUGGGCCGAGACAAAGGAGCACACUGACGAGCACUGGGAGGGACAAAGAGAGAGAGACAGCACUGCUGGCACAGAGAACAUGCUACAGUGAGAGAGUCAGAGGGGUCAGAGAGAGAGAGGGAGAGAGAGAGAGACCAAAAAAGGGCUGAAGUUAGAGUUGGAGUCACAGCAGGCUUGACAGACGCUGAAGACAAGCAGGGGAGAGGAAAAGCAAGAAACAGAGAGAGAGUGAUAGAGAGCAACAGGCAGUCAGAGAGAGGAGAGUGAAGGAUUUUGGGAGAAAAGAAUGACAUAGAAAGAGAGAGAGAGAGAGACAGAGGGAAAUACAGAGGGAGAGACUGAAGGGGGGUAGAAACUGGUCUCAGACUCCACUGACAGCUAGACAGAGCAAGAGGGAGAGGGGGAACAACAGGGCCGAGCAAAGGAGUGGAGGCGAAAGAAGAACCAGGAGACGACAGAGGGGGGGCCGCCCAAAACAGCUGGAGAACAGAGGCAGAGACGGAGAGUGACAGAGCUGUGGCGGGGGGGAGGCAGGUGGGGGGCAAUAGGUAUCAUGAGACGCUGAGCACCGCCUGAGAUGACAUGUCGGAGGACUCCGACCCACGACAGCCGGCCUCGCCGGGCAUUUCAGGGACGUCCCAUGGCCCCGUGGGGCUGCAGACGCUGCUUGACCUGCUGGUGGGUGUGUAUCAGGAGUUCCAAGCCUCGCCCUUCGCCAGGGAGAAGUACAUCUCGGGCUUCCUGAAGUGGGCCGAGCCCCUGGUGAGACAGGUGAAGAAAACACGGAUACAGAGGGAAGACUUCGACAUCCUCAAAGUGAUUGGCCGAGGAACCUUCAGUGAGGUUGCUGUGGCGAGGAUGCGCAGCACGCAGCAGGUGUACGCCCUGAAGAUCAUGAACAAGUGGGACAUGCUGAAACGUGGGGAGACAGCGUGCUACCAGGAGGAGCGGGAGGUUCUGCUGAAGGGGGAUCGGCGCUGGAUCACAGAGCUGCACUACGCCUUCCAGGACGACAACUACCUGUACCUGGUGAUGGACUACUAUGUAGGGGGCGACCUGCUGACUCUGCUCAGUAAAUUCGGGGAUCGCUUCCCCGAAGACUUGGCCCAGUUCUACCUGGCAGAGAUGGUAAUGGCCAUUGACUCCAUCCACAGGCUGGGCUAUGUGCACAGGGACAUCAAGCCUGAUAACAUCCUGCUGACCGCAGACGGCCACGUGAGGCUGGGCGACUUCGGCUCCUGUCUGCGGCUACAGAAAGACGGCAGGGUGUAUUCUUCCCUGGCAGUGGGGACACCAGACUACCUGUCCCCUGAGAUCCUGCGAGCAGUGGAGGGCGGGGGAGGGUACGGGCUCGAGUGCGACUGGUGGGCGCUGGGCAUCUGUGCCUACGAGAUGCUGUUCGGGACCACGCCCUUCUAUGCGGAGUCCCUCUCCGAGACCUACGCCAAAAUCAUCCACUUCCAGGAUCACUUUGACUUCCCGCCGGCCGGCCCGGAGGUGUCGGCAGAGGCACGGUCGCUGGUCGCAGGGCUGAUCUGCGAGCAGGAGGAGCGCCUGGGGGCCGGGGGGGCCGGGGACUUCAGGACGCACCCCUUCUUCUGCGGUCUGGACUGGGGCUCCCUGCACCGCCUCCCCGCCCCCUUCCAGCCGGAGGUCUCCAAUGCCACUGACACUUCCAAUUUCGACGUGGUGGACGACUGUCUCAGCGAAAUGGAGACACUGUGUGACGUAAUGGACAGGGUACCUGUGGGGGUCCACCUGGCCUUCGUGGGCUUCUCCUACACAGCCACCAGAGAGACAGGUGCUCAGGACCGCAGCCAAGACAUCAUGAUGGAGAUUGAUAACCGACCAAUCAGGGAUUGUGAACAGCUGCUGAUCCAGGACAGGCUGAGCCAGAUGUGGCAGCUCGGCCAGAACCUGCCGACUGGCCUGCCUGCAACGUUGGAGCUCCCCCUAGAGCUGAGGCAGGGAUCUGCAGAAUCCACAUACCAUGAGGAUGAUACUGACCAGAGCACUGCACAAGCCCAGGAGCUAGAAAGGCAUUUGCAGGAGGCAGAGAGGAGGAACAGGGAGCUGGAGGAGGAGGUGGAGAGGCUGAGGCAGGAGAUACAGACUCUGAGAACCAACGGGGGGACAGAGCUGAGUGUCUGCCAAUGGCGUGCCUCUCUGCCUGCUCACCCUCUGGACCCCAAGGGGGAUGGAGCAACAGCGCCCCCUGCCUGCCGUUACCCACUAGUCAUCCCUCUGCACCGACACCUGCUGCUGUUCCACAGGGUGCGCUGGCCGCGGGUAACGUGUGAAGGUUACCUGCUGGUGUGUGCGGAGGGGGCAGAGCUGCAGGUGUGGGGCCGACAGUGCAACGCAGACCUGUCCUAAUGGCAUGUGGGAGUCCCCAGCUGUCCCCCAGCCUGUGCUACUGUCACCCCCUGCCCUGCCCACCACAGCAGGACCAGUGCAAUACAGGAGGGGUUCCAAAAGAACAGGAAGUAGGGGUUUACCAGGGGCAGGACAGUGACUUAACACUUCAAAAUGGAAGACCCAGACGGCAAUCCAUACCAGCUAGGGGUGAGCAAGGGGGGUGACUGCUGGCUCUCGACCCUGGAGACUGAGGGGUAAUUUUGAGGGUGUAUGCAAUAUGCAGCAUCCACACCUUCCACCCCCACCCCCAGCAAUCAGCACUAACUGGCAUUGUUAGUGAAGGCAUGGGUAGAAGGGCCUCAGCCAGGAACAUUGCUUAAAAGGUGAAGGGGGCAGAGAACUGCGGGGCACACACAGAGGGGGUCUGGCAUCCAAAAGUGGACACAUGGAGGCAGAUGAGCCUCGGGGCCCCUUCUGUGGAACAAGACGUCCCUCCCUCACUUGAAAUAUUGGAAAACACGUUCUCCCAAUGAAAGGUAUAUUUAUUGGUAACUAAGUUAUUCAGAGAGAACUAUAUUUUUACGUGGCAAAUACACUUCCACACAGGACACACUGACUUACCGACAGACAGACAGAUGUCAGCAGUCUUGUGUCUCGUUUUUUUCCCUUUUCACAUGUG